ACGUUUUCGCAUGUAUUUUACUGUCCGUCAUUAACUUUCAGCCCCGGGGCAUUCAAGUUUAUUUAUUUCGUAUAAAUUCAAGAAAAGCCAACGAAAAUGUUCCGAAAUAAAUUAAUUGCCCUAGAACAUCCCACACCAGAUACAGUCGACGCGACUGAUCGACAACAAUUCGCAAACACCGUUUUGUGGUUAGAGGAUCAAAAGAUCCGGCACUAUAAAAUCGAAGAUCGUGUACCACUGCGAGCGAUAGGAACUCCGAAUUGGGAAAGCAGCUGGGAAACUGCAUACCAACGAUACAAAGAAGAUGUGGGAAUGAUGAAAGUGAAUGGACCGAUUGAAGAAUUGUCCUGGUUGCUAAGCUACGCGGUUCGUUUAGAAUACCUUGACAACGUCGAAACAUACAAAACCUUCACAUCGGAUCGGGUGAGUGAAUUGUGCAAAGCAUCAAAGCCCACCGUUGAAUCGUCCAAUCCGUUCGACACGAUGAACUUGGUCGGCGCAGAUUUUGUUUCCGGAGUGGAAAAAUUGGCGAAACGAUUAAAUCAUCCGGUGCACACGAAUCCAGCGAUUACAUUAGAAGCAUCAGCUCGCAUAAUUUAUGAAAAAUUGCGACCGGAAGCAUUAAACCAGCCCAAACCUGUCGGUCAAGCGUAUCCGAUUAAGGGCAGCGAUCAGUACAUUUUCGCUGAUAAGAACAUGGACGAAGCGGCUAAGAUUCUACGAUUAUUGCAAAUCCAAAGCGUUCGCCAAGUGCAGACAUCAGUCAAUGAGAACAUUGUGGCCGUUCAAGAAAUUACAGCCGACCCGAAAACCGAUUCGAAACUGGGAAAGGUCGGAUUUUAACGGAAAGAAAAAAUCGUUUUCAUUCUAAACUCAAUGUUUGCUCAUUUAAUGGCCACUUUUGGUUCGAUUUACAUUAAACGUAAGAUGCUAAGCCUAAAAA